GCCACAAUCACGAUCGAGACCCCAAUCCCUGUCGAAUAGCCCGACAACCUCUGUCUUACCUUCACCUCCACUUCCACAGUCCCAACCGUCGCCAACUUUAUCCAAAGAAUCCCAAUCGGCAGUAGUUUCGCCAUGCCAGCCGCAGGACAUGGCUUCACCGCUUAUUAGCGAAAACCUAUACAACGAUCUACCCAACGAAGCUAUCAUGGAAUACUACCGACCCCGUUCCGAUUGGAAGAUUCGUGUUCGGCUGUCAACUAGUGCGGGUGACAUCACUCUCGAGGUUCCUGACAAACCUCCUUACAUCACCGUUGGCGGGCUGCGGAAACUAUUACUAGAACACGUUGACCAUUCGUAUAACAUCCAGUGGAUGCACCUCGGCACUCAUCUGGACGACUCUACUCUUGUGGUCCCUGUGACUGAAAAGGAUCCACAAUAUAACGAUGCUUGUCACAUUGGAAAUGAAGGGAUUUUACAAGCCAUGGUACGAAAGGUUCAGCCAGCCGAAGCUUGAACAUAUUCUAUAUAUUUUAUUUUAUUUUAUUUUAAUUUAAUUUUAAUAUAUUAAUAAUAAUAAUAUUGAACAACGGAGGAUAACAACUUGUACUAAAUACUAAAUACUAAAUGAUAAGAAUAAUGAGUUAUGAUAGUAAUACUAUUAAUC